AUGAUUGACAUCCUCAUCGUUGGCGCAGGGCCUAGUGGCCUUUGCGCUGCAAAGACAUUCCUUCAAUACGAUCCAGGUGCAGAAAUCGUGCUUGUCGACGGCUAUUCAACGCUUGGCGGUGUGUGGUCUAAACAGCAAUUGUAUCCGGCGCUGAAAACGAACAAUCUCUGGAGCUCGCUCGAUUGGACCGACUUCCCCAUGGGGGAAGAGUUUGGGAUCAAGCCGGGGCAGCACGUCACAGGCGAGGCCAUGCAUGCAUAUUUGACUGCCUAUGCGGACAAGUUUGACGUGACGCGAAGAAUCCGCUUCAACACCAAAGUCGUGGAAGUCAGGAGAAGUGCAGGUGGUGUCACUUGGGACGUUGAGGUCAAGGAAAAUGAUGGCCGGCCACGAAUACUUCAGUGCCAGAAGCUUGUCAUUGCUACGGGCAUCCUCAGUGUGCCUCACAUGCCUAAGCUGAAUGGAAUAGAGGAAUUCGAAGCACCAUUUAUUCACUCAUCCGAAUUGGGUCCGAGGUCAGAUGUCUUCGAGAACCAAGAGAUCCAAAACAUUGCAGUUCUUGGCGGAAGCAAGUCGGCUUAUGAUGCGGUCUAUGAGUCGAUUAACUCCGGUCACAAGGUCGACUGGAUCAUUCGCAAGACCGGACGCGGGCCUGUCUGGGUGUUUCCUCCUUUUACCAUGCUUGGGCCGUUCAAAGCAUGGCGAGAGCGAUUGGUAACAAGGAGGUUCUUCAGCUUCAUGUCACCCUCAAUCUUCCCCGACUUCUCUGGCUUCGGUUGGCUCAAACGCUUCUUACACUUCAACUCGAUAGGAAAGACAAUCUCACAAAACUUCUGGAAACUCAUCAAGCAUGAUACCAUUAAUGAUUGUGGUUAUAAGACUGACAAAAGGUUUGGGAUACUGCAACCGGAGCAGAAUCCCUUUUGGUACGGCACAGCCUCUGGAACUCUCAGCUAUGAGACGGACUUUUUCGACUUCGUUCGCAAUGGCCAGGUGCGGAUUCACCGACAGGACAUCGACCAUGUCUCGCCGCAUGCUAUCAACCUCGCCGAUGGGACCGAAUUGCCGGUUGACGCCUUGAUUGCCGCCACUGGCUUCUCAGCUAAGCCAACCAUCUCAUUUGCGCCAACAACGUCACACUCUGAUUUAGGUCUCCCUACCACCGAGCUCAGCAAGACACAGACGUCAUUCUGGGCGGAACAGGACGUUGAUGCCGAUCUCGCGAUCGGCUCUCGCUUUCCUCGGCUCUUGACAGGCCCCUUCAUGCAGCCUGGUUCGAGCACCCCCAAGCCGUACCAUCCCGGCAUGGCUGCGGAGAUCACCUACACGCCGUGGAGGCUGUACCGCGGAAUCGCCCCGCCGGGCCUCACGGCCGUUGAUGACAGAUCGCUGGUCUUCAUUGGCAUGUUUAGCAACCUUGCCAACACGAUCCGGCUGGAGAUCCAAUGCCUGUGGGCUCUAGCCUACAUGAACGGCAAACUACCAAACCUGUCCCACGACAUUGCGGAGGGGCGCGUGUUCGCGGAGACGGCACUGCUGCAGCGCUUCACUCAGCACCGCGCGCCAUAUGGACAUGGCAGGUUCUAUCCUGAUCUUGUGUUUGAUCAGCUGCCGUAUUGGGACCAGCUUCUGAACGACUUGGGGCUGGAGACAAGGCGGAAGGGCGGGCUGCGGGAGCUGUUUGAGCCAUAUACACAGGCGGACUAUCGAGGGUUUGUAGAUGAUUGGGUGCGCGCCAAUAGGCAAUAA